AUGAUGUUUACGACCACCAUAUUUUCUUUCAUUACUACAUUUCCUAAUCUAUUUUCUUGUCCAGACAAUUUAACUAAACAAUUGAUUGAAGCCAAAGACCGUCUAAUAAAGGCUGAACUAGCAGCCCGAGAGGCUCAAUCAAAAGCAGCAAACUCUGCUUCCGAACAGACAAAAGCUCUUGCCACAGCCGAACAAGCGCUGAGCUCGGCUCGUAUUGUGGCAGAGACAUCUCAAACACAGCUUCGUCAAGCUGAGACUACUAAAGAGACCUUGCGUCGAGAGGCUGAAGAGAUGACGAUUGAAUUAGAAUCUCUUAAGCGUUCGCUCUUGGACACGAAAGGGGCUAUUCCCAGCGUUGAGGCUGAUCUCGAAAAAGCCGGCUUUGAGGCAGAACGGGCAAGCAAGGCACUAGUAGAGGCUCGAAAAGCACUUGCUGAGCACAGAAAAGCUGCUGAACAAGCAGCAAAUGAAAUUUCGACGCGCGAAUCUCAGCUGUCCAAUGCAGUAGAUCGCCUAUCGAAAGCGUCUUGUAGCAGUGACCGGCUACGCCACCAACUGGAGGUCCAGGCCCGGGAAAAACGCUCCGCACUCCACACUGGCCUUCUCAUCGCCCUUCAUCCUUGUGCUGGGAAUGUUGAUCAUAGUUAUCCUUGCCUAGGUCUUACCACAGGUUAG